CUCACAAAAGUCCCUUCAGCUCAGCUGGCUGCAGGGGAAGUCCCUGGUGCGCCGCUCGCUGCUCUGAUAUCCGAGCGGAGCCCGGCGGGGCUGCAGCCUCUGCCCAGCGGCGCCGACCGGGCCUCCCUUCCGAACGGGGUUCCGUCCUCCCCGCCGGCUCUCCGCGGCUCCCCCGACCUGCCUCCGCCCCGGCGGGCCCCAGGGACCCCCGAGCAGCCAGGGGGCCCCGGCCAUGCCCCGAUGCCCCCGGGACAUGGACGAGGGGCCCGUGGACCUGCGGACGCGGCCCAAAGCCGGACCCCCCGACCCCGAGGCCACCCUGCCCCUGAGAAAGCGGCGCUACCGGGAACCCCAGGAGUCCCCGGGGCCCGGCAUCGCCCCCGCCCCGGAGCCCUCGCCCCAGAGCCCCGGCACGUACCCCGGCCUCUGCGGCCCCGCCGCAGCCAUCUACUACUCUGGCCCUUUCCUAUAUCCUGCACCAGCCAUGGGGGCCCCAUUUCCAGUACUGGGCUUGCCACCACCCACCUACCCAGUGCUCUGCCCCCUGGAGAACCCACUCACCGCUGACAUUGCCAAGGCCACCAGACCCGAUGAGGAUGGAGACACGCCCCUCCACAUCGCAGUGGCCCAGGGCAACCUUAUGGCCGUGCAGCGCCUGGUCCACCUCUUUCAACAAGGGGGUCGGGACCUGGAUGUCUACAACAAUUUAAGGCAGACACCCCUCCAUCUAGCCGUCAUCACCACCCUGCCCUCGGUGGUGAGGCUCCUGGUGUCCAGGGGGGCCAAUCCCAUGGCCCUGGACCGAAACGGCCAGACGGCGGCUCACUUGGCCUGUGAACACCGGAGUCCCAGCUGCCUGCGGGCCCUGCUGGAUGCCUCGGCCCCUGGGGCACUGAGCCUGGAAGCCAGGAACUAUGAGGGGCUGACCCCCCUGCACGUGGCCGUGAACUCAGAAGACACGGAAACGGUGCUGCUCCUGUUGGACCAAGGAGCCGACAUCGACGCCGUGGACAUCAAGAGUGGCCGCUCCCCGCUCAUCCAUGCGGUGGAGAACAACAGUCACCCCAUGGUCCAGCUGCUGCUCCAGCACGGCGCCAAUGUGAACGCCCAGAUGUACUCGGGCAGCUCAGCCCUGCACUCGGCCUCGGGCCGCGGCCUCCUGCCCCUGGUCCGGACGCUGGUCCGCAGCGGGGCCGACAGCAGCCUCAAGAACUGCCACAACGACACGCCCCUCAUGGUGGCCCGAAAUCGGCGGGUCAUCGACAUCCUGCGAGGGAAAGCUUCCCGCCCCGGCCCCCAGCCCACGCUGGGGCCCGCAGAGCCCAGCCAAGAUGGAAGCGCCCCCAUCUCCCCUGAAGGCAGCGGCCACUUCGGAUCUAGUGGCCCGGCGUCGGCGUCUCCAGCUUCCUCCUCGCCCCCUCGCUCUCCCCCCGAGGACCCCCCCACCUCACUCCAAGGGCCCCAGAUGUUCUUCCUGCCGACGCAGUCCCCCACGGCGUUCCUUCCGUACGCGGGGCCCCUCCGAGCCCCGGGCCUGCCUGUCGCCCCGUCCCCUGCUCCCGGUGGGAGCUGAGGGAGAAGGAAGCAAGGCCCCUGGCGCAAGGGAAGGGCCCCUGGAAACUGUGAAGGCGCCCCCCCCCAAGACUCACAGGACCAAAAUUUGCACACACCCCUCCUCGAUUUCCUUCCACGCGCCCUCCUGGCUCCGACCCUGGGCUGGGGAAACCGGCCCCCGCCGCUCCCCGCCCCCAGCGCCCGGUGUCGGAGGCCCCUCCUCAGGGCUCGGGCUCGGGCUCCUCCUUGGGGCUGAGGACAAUGUAAAUUAUUGGGAAUUUCAGUUUACUUUUGUAAUAAACUAUUUUUGUAUCAUA